CAACACUGCUGAUUCUGCAACAGAACGCCUCGUCUCUCCACGCACGGUAUUACUUACUAUAUGAGGACCCUGCUGGGUGACCCAGAGUUUAAAGAAAGUUGAAGGACUCAUUUCAUGCACAGUCUUCACUGUGGAGCUGCCAUGACGCCUCUGAUACUCCUACUCCUGCACGUCCAACAGUUUGGCAGCGUCGAGAUGCGGGGCAGUAAAGGAUCGUGUGAUUUCGAGAAAGACUUGUGUGGCUAUGAAUCAGACCUUCUCUUUGGACCAUGGAUGGUGAAUUUACAAGGCCGCUAUGUCCACAUCGAAGGUUCUCCUGGCAACAUUCAAAAAGUGGGUACCCUCAGCAGUCCUGAGCUGCACUCUCUGGGAGAGAGCUGCGUGAGACUCGUGUAUCAGAUCACAGGCUCAGAUCCCGGAAGACUGAACAUGUAUUUUCGACCAGAAGGGAACAGCUUUGACUUUCUGCUGUGGUCUGCCAGCGAUCCAUCUGACAGCUGGAAGAUUGCCAGCAUAGGCGUGAAGAAUGUAGCAGAGAAAUCCAAGAUAAUUCUAGAAGGUAUUGUCAAUCCAGACCCUAUGGCCAGUAUUGCAGUUUUUGAGAUCAAUAUCACUCCUGGGUAUUGCAUUGAGUGCAACUUUGAAGAAAAUCACCUCUGUGGCUACAACAACAGAUGGAAUCCAAACCUGAACUGGCUGGUUGGUGGAGGAUCAGUCCGAGAUUCGCCCUUACUGCUGCCCACUGACCACACUUUCGACACUGAGCAAGGUCACUAUAUGUACGUUGACUCUAUUUAUGCCAUGCGUUUGCACGAAGUAGCUCAGUUGAUGUCUCCAAUGACAAUUUCUGUCCUCUCGGGAUGUCUGUCCUUCCAUUACCAACUUGAACAGAAAUAUUCCACUUUAUUUGUGGUCUACACCAAGGACAGAAUCGGUCAUUAUGAGGAGUUGUGGCGAUCUAAUCAGUCGAUGCACACCUGGAAUUUGGUAAAGGUGAAUAUUAAAGCUUCGCAUCCAUUUCAGCUGGUGUUUGAAGUCGCCUUCAGCAGCAUGAUUGAAGGCUAUGUUGCUCUGGAUGAUAUUUCUUUCUCUCCACAGUUCUGCAACAAUGAAACAGCUCUGUUCUUUGAUCCCUCUGUGGCAAAUUGCAACUUUGACCAAGGUCUUUGCAAAUAUACCCAAAACCACAUUGACGACACAAAAUGGACGAGACUGAUUCGGAAACCAAAUCCGUUCCGAUUUGGAGAUCAUACAAGUGGAACGGGUGGCUUUCUUCUUUCCAAUGUAAAGUUUGGAUAUCACCAGGAGUACGUGGCACAUCUAAUAGGCCCGCUUUUACUAGCCAACUUCCAGUACUGCUUGCAAUUUUUCUAUGCACUGAAUCAUUUUAUAUCAGAAGAUGCCCUUGCUGUCUAUAUCUAUGAUGAAAUGGACCAGGUCCUGGAAAAGAUUUGGACAAUUCCUAAAUCACCAACUGGAAUGUGGAUUCAAGCAGAAGUUAAUUUCCAAAGAUUGGAGCCCGCCAAGAUAGUUUUUGUCAGUGUUUGCAAUAGUUUCUGGAACUGUGGCAAGGUGGCACUAGAUGACAUCGUUGUAAGCCAAGGGGAUUGUCAGAUUCCUGGAGGUUCCUGGCUGGCUGCUCCAGGGAAGUGCAAUUUUGACAAGGAUAAUUGUGGAUUUAUUCAGGACCGCAACGACAGAAGCAACUGGCAUCGAAGAACAGGCAGCACACCGACAUCCUUCACAGGUCCCAAAGGGGAUCACACCACAGGGGUAGGCCAUUAUAUGUACAUUGAGGCCUCUCACAUGAGGCAUGGAUUCAAUGCACGACUGUUGUCAUGGCAUCUGAGAGGAUUCACAGGCAAACAGUGCCUGACAUUCUUUUACCACAUGUAUGGGGUUGGAACUGGAUCGCUAAAUGUUUACUUGAAGAAGGAGAAUGCUCCAGAAAUCCUUGUAUGGAAAAGAAGAGGAGAACAGAGCAUAUCAUGGAUGAAAGCCUCGAUAGAAUACCAGUGUGAGCAUCGCCAUCAGAUUGUGUUUGAAGCGAUACGUGGUCGUUCAAUAAACAGCGACAUUGCAAUCGACGACAUUUUAUUUCAAAAUGGACCAUGCCAAGAUUCAGAGGAAUCUAAGGCACUUCACCCCGACUCUCCGAAUGAACAGAACUGGUACAGCAUUUAUAUCUGAAUCGAGGACCACGAUGGAGACCAUACUUCAAGAACAUCCGAGUCGCGGGAGCUUGAUGUGGAUCUUUCAGAAGUUGUAAAUUAUUUCUUUCCCUCAGCAGACUGAAGAGUUCAUUUGAUUUGAAUAUCUUCUUACCAAAUAUAGAUUAGAAAUAUGUGUUGUUUGUUUGCGAGUAAACGUGGUGACCACCGGGGUUCCUUCGUUAGUAGUUGGAAAUAUCCAGUAUCCGUCGUUGUUGAAGAAUUGUAAAUAUUAAACAUUUCAAACUGGUAAAAGAUGAUAUACAGUACAUGAACAGUAUUUCAAUUUAAUGUUUGUGUUCAAAGAAUAUUGGGAGUGCAGUUAGCUGUCGCUUCUUGGGCAUUUCCUAUAAGUCCAAAUGUCAAUCACAUGCUAUAUUUAUCCAGUUGAAAAAGAAAAGAAAAAAGUACUUAAAAAUGCUAUUUUUCUGCUUCUGGAUUAGACAUAAAUUUAGUGCGAAAUCAGUGAAUAUAAACAUGAACAAGCAAUAAAAUGCGAUAUUAAAGUAGAUGACGGAAGGGCAGAAUUUUAUGGAGCUUGUUAAGGAGAAGUGGACAAGUUUAGGAGGGAGGGGGGGGAAGCAGCUGAAGUCAUGGCCACAAAAAAAAGAUAAACAAAUUAAAUUUGGAGAAGAGCCAGAGUGAACAGGAAGAAUACUGAUAUCUUGGUAGGUUUUGGGACUGCUGCUUCAACAUCGUGGAGCUGUGGUUUGCAGAGUUCAGCCACAGGCGGCACUGACUUCAACAUCGUGGAAUCCUGGUGAUCCCUUUGCCGAGGGCCGCCAGUGUGAAUCUCCACCCAGCUCGGUCUGUGGAGUUCGGGAGCAUCGGUCUCCGGUAAGAAGUGGCCGAUUUGGAAGUCCAAGCCAUUGAGAAUGUUCUUCCGUUCAAACGUCGGAGUUCCAUCAUCGUGGCAAGAGGGCCUGAACAUCGGGCCGCCCGUAGCGGCGACUGCGGAGGGCUCGGGAGGCCCAGACCACGGGUGAACAACAAAGAGGAGGAUGACUGAACUUUAGUGCCCUCACAGUGGGAAACGUUGAUUCCGCUGUGUGGAGAUGUUUAUGUUAAAGUCUAUCGAGUGCUGUGUUUUUUAUUCGUAUGGCUGUAUGGUGACCACAAAUUUCACUGCUCCAAUUGGUGCAUGUGACAAUAAAUGUCUCUUGAAUCUUGAA